GGCGCACAAACGAACUAUCAGUAAGGAUGACGCCACUUCCUGUCAUUCCUGCCAACGGAAGUAGUUAAUUGUGCAAAAUGGCAACCCCUUAUGUUGAAGAUCAAUCUGGGAAAUACAUUGCUGCUACACAGCGACCUGAUGGAACCUGGAGGAAGCCUCGAAGAGUGAAGGAUGGUUAUACCCCUCAGGAAGAGGUCCCUGUCUACGAGAAUAAAUUUGUUAAGUUCUUCAAGGGCAAGCCCGAUCUGCCACCAGGUAUGAGCCCCGACAAUGCGGCCCAGGCAAGGCAGCAGCAGGGGAUCCCCGGCAUUGCAGAGAACGAGACAGCUGGGCUCUCCAAGACAGCCAAGCGAAACAUGAAACGCAAGGAAAAGCGCAAGCAGCAAGGCCCUGAUAGCAAUGUGGAAUCGCUAACAAAUGCUGUUGAGACUAUGACGUUUGCCGAGGACGGUGACAGUGUGACGCCUGCAUCUAACCCAGCUGGAGCUACUAAUGACCCUUCAUCUGCAACAGCAGAAAAGGCCAAGAAGAUCAAGAACAUAAAAAAGAAGCUGAGGCAGGUUGAGGAGCUGCAGCAGAAACUGGACUCUGGGGAAAUCAAGCAAGCUACAAAAGAGCAGCAGGAGAAGCUUGGAAGGGCCAAAGCCUUACAGGACGAGUUACUGCAGCUUGAGGAGGAUUCAUGAGAUAGAAAAUGUUGUAAAAAUGGGCAGCAAACCAGUUGUGGAAGUUAAGACUGUUCAAAAAUACAAACACCCAGUUGUAAAAGAAAUGGACAUUUACAGCUGCGUUGAUGAGCUUCCCUUGAACAGUUUCUGGAUAUUUGUUGAUAUCAGACAGCCAAUGAACAUGAAGUUUGGCUUUUGGAAUAUCAAGUGUAUAUAAACCCAACACUUCACGUGUUAUGUUGUUGACAAUUAAGUGAUCAUGCUUUUCCCACACUUUGUCCAAAACCAAUUACCAAACAACAAUGAGCCAGCCAGGUGUUUUCUCUUCAUUUAAAAUGUACUUUUAAAACAAUUGAACUGAUUCCUUAUGCUUGGCUAUGAACUUAUUUGCCAUUCAAUUAUAGUUGUAAUAUCAUUUAUUUGUGUACUUAGUAUGUUUGUGCAUUUUGUAUCUUUUUUUUAUUUUUUUUUAUCUUGAUCUGUCAAGAAUUGUAUAAAAUAUUAUAUAUUAGUUAGUUGCAUUAAAGAUACAAAAAUCCCCUAUUGAAAAGAA